GCGGGCUGCCAGGAGUACAGGACUCGGCAAGGAAACAGACUGAACAAAGAUCUGCGACAUUAUCUCAACCAGAGGUUUCAGAAAGGAUCACCGGAUCACGACUUGCAGCAGACUAUUAGAGACAACCUUUAUCGCCAUGCUGUGCCUUGCACAACCCGCCCUCCAAGAGAAGGAGAAGUGCCUGGUGUGGACUAUAACUUUCUGACUGUGGAGGAAUUUCUGGAGUUGGAGCGAAGUGGGACCCUUUUGGAAGUAGGAACUUAUGAAGGUAACUAUUAUGGAACGCCCAAGCCUCCCAGCCAGCCCCUCAGUGGGAAAGUGACUUCCACCGAUGCUUUGCAAAACCUGCAGUCUGGCUCCAAGCAGUCGACUCCAAAGCGAACCAAGUCUUACAAUGAUAUGCAAAAUGCUGGCAUAGUGCAUACAGAGAAUGAGGAAGAGGAUGAUGUACCUGAAAUGAGCAGUAGCUUCACAGCAGAGUCUGGUGACCAAGACGAGCAUAACUUGCAUAUCGUGAGAGAGACAGCCCCACCGUCUGUGAUUGAUAGCCACACCAACGUUCCCACCACGGAACCAUCUCAGAACCUCCCUCAAUACCUACCUCCUUCUGCUGAGGAUAACCUAGGUCCUCUGCCGGAAAACUGGGAGAUGGCCUACACCGAGAACGGAGAAGUCUAUUUUAUAGACCAUAACACAAAAACAACAUCUUGGCUAGAUCCACGGUGCCUGAACAAACAGCAGAAGCCUCUAGAAGAAUGUGAAGAUGAUGAAGGGGUACACACGGAGGAACUGGACAGUGAACUAGAGUUGCCUGCUGGUUGGGAGAAAAUUGAGGAUCCCGUAUACGGUGUCUACUAUGUAGACCACAUCAACCGGAAGACACAGUAUGAAAACCCAGUUCUUGAAGCAAAGAGGAAGAAACAGCUCGAGCAACAGCAACAGCCUCCAGAAGAAUGGACAGAGGAGUGUCCAUCUCUCCCACCACCCGCUGCUCCAAACCAUGUUUCAAACAACCAAGAGGCAGUUCGGGAAGCACCAGUGCAAGGAAAACCUUUUUUUACACGAAACCCUUCUGAGUUGAAAGGGAAGUUCAUCCACACCAAGCUAAGGAAAAGCAGCAGGGGUUUUGGCUUCACCGUCGUUGGAGGGGAUGAGCCGGAUGAGUUUCUCCAAAUCAAAAGUUUGGUGCUUGACGGCCCUGCAGCAUUGGAUGGCAAAAUGGAAACAGGGGACGUCAUAGUCAGCGUGAACGACACCUGUGUGCUGGGGCACACUCAUGCCCAAGUGGUGAAAAUCUUCCAGUCCAUCCCCAUCGGUGCCAGCGUGGACCUCGAACUGUGCCGGGGGUACCCCCUGCCCUUCGACCCCGACGAUCCCAACACGAGCCUGGUCACGUCCGUGGCGAUUUUGGACAAAGAACCGAUCAUUGUGAACGGGCAGGAAAAUUAUGACUCCCCAGCGAGCCACAGUAGUAAAACAGGGAAAGUAAAUGGCACAAAGGAGGCGAGACCCAGCAGCCCGGCUGAGGUCUCCUCCAAUGGACCCCAUGGGUACCCCAAUGACACGGUCUCUUUGGCGUCUUCGAUAGCAACACAACCUGAACUCAUAACUGUGCACAUAGUGAAAGGGCCCAUGGGCUUUGGGUUCACUAUAGCAGACAGUCCCGGUGGGGGCGGCCAAAGAGUGAAACAAAUCGUGGACAGCCCGAGGUGCCGCGGCUUGAAGGAGGGCGACCUCAUAGUCGAAGUCAACAAGAAGAAUGUGCAGAGCCUCACUCACAACCAGGUGGUGGAUAUGCUGAUUGAAUGUCCUAAGGGAAGCGAAGUCACGUUGCUGGUGCAGCGAGGAGGACUGCCGGUCCCAAAGAAGAGCCCAAAGUCGCAACCACUUGAAAGGAAAGACAGCCAAAACAGUUCCCAGCACAGCGUCUCCAGCCACCGCAGCGGGCACACCGCGUCCCCCGUGCACAGCACGCAGGUGCUGCCGGACUACAGCGCCGCGGAGGCACCGCCUGCGGACCAGCCGGACACCUCUGGGCAGAAGAAGCCAGAUCCGUUCAAAAUCUGGGCCCAGUCCAGGAGCAUGUAUGAAAGCCGACCUAUGUCACCUUCGCCUGCAACUGGACUGAGCAAGGGUGAGAGAGAGAGAGAAAUCAAUUCCACGAGUUUUGGAGAAUUUCCAGAUUACCAAGAGCAAGAUAUCUUUCUAUGGAGAAAGGAAACUGGUUUUGGAUUUAGGAUUCUAGGUGGAAAUGAGCCUGGAGAACCUAUUUACAUCGGUCACAUUGUACCGCUGGGUGCUGCUGAUGCUGACGGCCGCCUGAGAUCGGGUGAUGAACUGAUCUGUGUGGAUGGGACGCCCGUUGUCGGGAAAUCACACCAGCUUGUCGUCCAGCUUAUGCAACAGGCAGCCAAACAAGGUCAUGUCAAUCUGACCGUCAGGCGCAAAGUGGUUUACACAGUUCCCAAGGCAGAGAAUGAAGUCCCGUCCCCGGCCUCUUCCCACCACAGCAGCAACCAGCCGGCCUCGCUGACGGAGGAGAAGCGAACGCCGCAGGGCAGCCAGAACUCCCUCAACACCGUCAGCUCGGGCAGCGGCAGCACCAGCGGCAUCGGCAGCGGUGGUGGCGGGGGCAGUGGUGUUGUCAGCGCCGUGGUGCAGCCCUACGAUGUGGAAAUCCGCCGCGGCGAGAAUGAGGGGUUCGGGUUUGUCAUCGUCUCGUCCGUGAGCAGGCCCGAGGCGGGGACGACGUUCGCGGGAAAUGCAUGUGUGGCCAUGCCUCACAAAAUAGGUCGGAUAAUUGAAGGGAGUCCUGCCGACCGCUGUGGGAAGCUGAAAGUAGGCGACCGGAUCUUGGCCGUCAAUGGGUGCUCCAUCACCAACAAGUCGCAUUCAGACAUCGUCAACCUCAUUAAGGAAGCGGGAAACACCGUCACCCUGCGCAUCAUUCCAGGAGAUGAAUCCUCCAAUGCUACUUUAUUGACCAAUGCAGAAAAAAUUGCUACAAUCACAACCACACAUACUCCUCAGCAAAUACCACAGGAGACCAGCAGGAACAACACCAAACCAAAGCAGGAAUCCCAGUUUGAUUUCAAACCACCCCAAGCAGCACAGCAGGACCAAGACUUCUACACUGUUGAGCUGGAAAGAGGAGCCAAAGGUUUUGGCUUCAGCCUGCGAGGUGGCCGGGAGUAUAAUAUGGAUCUGUACGUGUUGAGGCUCGCUGAGGAUGGUCCAGCUGAGAGAUGUGGGAAAAUGAGGAUUGGUGAUGAAAUCUUAGAGAUCAAUGGAGAAACCACCAAGAACAUGAAGCACGCUCGGGCCAUCGAACUGAUUAAAAAUGGUGGCCGCAAGGUCCGCCUGUUUCUGAAACGUGGAGAUGGCUCUGUCCCAGAAUAUGACCCCAGCAGUGACAGGAACAGUCCUGCCACAGGUUCACAAAAUGUAUCGGAAAUGAAACCCGUGCCAUCCGACCGACGGCAGCACCCAUCAUCGGAGUCCAGUUAUCCACCAGACCUUCACAAAUCAUCACAACAUGGGGACAAGCGGACUUACGUUAGAGACCUAAAAGGCAGCAGAGAGUUUAGCAGACAUCCCAAUGAACACCACACUUGGAAUGGGACUUCUAAAACCAACGACCACGUGCCAGGCAGGAGGAUGGAGAGGUCGCCGGAGAGGAGGCACGAGAGGCAGCCAGAGAGGGCGGUGGUGAACGGGCAGAAGAGGAGGUCUCCCGAAAAGCGGAGGGAAGGGACAAGGAGUGCCGACAACACUUUGGAGAGGCGGGAGCGGCACGAGAGGAGGAGGGACCUCUCCCCUGAGAGGCGCAGAGAACGGUCGCCUGGCCGGCGGCGGCGGUCGCUGGAGAGACUCACGGAGCCCAGAAGGUCACCCGAGCGGAGAAGAGAGAACUCCCUGGACCGACGGGCCAAGUCCUCCGACCGGCGGAGGGAGAGGUCACCCGACAGACGGCUCAGGGAGGAACGAUUCGGCCACCGGGAGAGGGAAGAGCCCAGCUGGAAGCACGAGCCGAGCCGCAGGCACCCGCCCGAGCAGCGCAGGCGGCCCUACAAGGAGUGCAGCACCGACCUCAGCAUCUGAGGGGCUCCCUGGGGUCCCCGUCGCCUUCCCCACACCAUGGGAGCAGAGGAGAGAGUGCGGGAGCUGAGACCAUCUGGCUUUCGCAGGCGAGGAGACAUCCGGCACCUGCUGAUCCUACAAACCUUUUAUGCAGAUGAAAUCUUAUGACAAAAAAAAAAAAAAAAAGUGUUGUGCCUGAUGUAUAAUAUUAAAGAAAGUAUUUUUCAGUGUAUUCUUUUUUUUUUUAAUUACUUGCCAAAUGUUGGUCCUAAAGGAUUAUAAAAUUUUGUUUCUACAUUCUUUGUAGAUUUCUUAAAAAUGAAUUCCUUAAUUGGGCUACUUUCCCCCCUCCCCAUUAUAGUAAGUGGGGGUAGCCGGUAAUAUAAUAUAGGCAAAGGAUUUUAUGACCAAGUUUGAAUAAUUUGAUCCAGACUGUUCUCUAGUGACUUACUGCUACACUGUAUGUUGAAAAUUUUUUAAGGGUUGGGGGUGGGGAAGGAAGAAAAUUGUUCAUCUCAGUAGGAAUGGAGCACUCCUGCUGAAGGAAUUAAAACAGAAAGAGACAAAUGUUCCUAAAAUUGCAAGAACUGUUUGAAGAGACUACUGUUUCAAUGAAGGAUAUUUAUAAUAAUAAUAAAUAAUUAAAAAAAUAAAUAAAUAAAUACAAACCCACACAGCACAAGAUGAUUUACGAUGAGGAAUUUCUAGUUUGUUCCGUGAACAGUUUAUACUUUCAGGCCCCCUCGACAGAAUGCACAGAGGCAGAAGGACUGGUCACCACCAUGCCUGUGUCACACGCUGCUGUAGACUGUUGAUCUCUCAUUAGCCUCGGCAACAUGUAACGAUAUAUCAUUAAGGCAGCCGCCGCAGCCCUGCUCAUCUUCUAGCUGUAUAUGGACAGCAACCCCAGCAUGCAUGGUAUUGUGUGUCUGCUUGGAAGCAAGGGAAGGGAUCGGGUUUCUGGGACAAGGCACAAUGCGGUGGGAGCUCAGUCCUCCCUCUCGGAGUAGGUGUAUUCCUUCUGCUCAGGCAAAAAAACCAGUGGGCUUUUCUUGAUUUUGCCAAAUUCCAAAAGCUCUCUCUUCUUAUCACUCUGUAUUUAAAGGGAGGGGUUCUUUUUUGUUUUACUGGUUCAUCCUUACUGAGACAAAAGGAGUGCACUUGCUGAAAAG